CCCAAGUGUUCAUCUGUAGUCAAAUCUCAUGCCAGCUCAAUCAUGGAUCUUUGAGGCAAUAUCGAGGAGAAAGCUAAAGCUAUCUUAGGAUUUGUGUUCUUUUUAAACUACAAGGUUUCUAAUUGUUAUUAGUUCACUUCGCUUUACAAAAUUCAAUUGCCAAGCCAACAACUAAGAAAGAAAAAGAAAUGAAUCCAGCAAAAUAUCCUCCACAAGGGUUUCCGGCCAUGAACAUCCACACCACCCAUCCUCCCUAUAUCUCCUCCACCAAUGCCACCGCAACACGGUGGUCCACGGGGCUUUGUCACUGUUGCGACGACCCAGCAAAUUGUCUUGUUACUUUCAUAUGUCCUUGUGUUACAUUUGGACAGAUUGCAGAGAUAGUGAAUAAGGGAUCAAUAUCUUGUGCAGCAAGUGGUGCAGUUUAUGGGAUGCUACUGGGUUUGACAGGGCUAUCAUGCCUGUACUCGUGCUUCUAUAGGUCAAGAAUGAGAGGACAAUACGACUUGGAGGAGGCACCUUGUGUGGAUUGCUUGGUUCAUUUUUUCUGUGAGCCUUGUGCACUUUGCCAAGAAUAUCGAGAGCUCAAGAAUCGUGGUUUUGAUAUGGGAAUUGGUUGGCAGGCCAACAUGGAUAGGCAAAGCCGUGGAAUCACCGCAGCUCCGACUGUGGGCGGUGGUAUGAGCCGAUGAGAUAUAUAACAUUAUAAAGGAGCUCCACCAAUUUGGAAAUUAUCUAUUUCUCUGUUUCUUGUAUAUAAUUCCUGCCAUCUUGAAUCUUUAGUUACUUGAUAUACAUGCAUAUGAGUUUCAUCUUCU